GACUCCCUCCUACCCUGCGGUGAGCACCAGCACUGCAACACUGUAUACGGUGUAUGUGAAUGCCGUCCCAAAUAUCGGCCGGAAAAGCGGAAAUGUGUGGCCAUUCACCCGGACGAGGAGGACGUGGAGUCCCAGCCCCUCAUCACCGACUCAGCCCAUAGUCACCCAAAGCCAACACUACUGCCACACAUGACUACCAGCCCGGGAGGGGGCGUACAAGUGCUGCCAACCAUGUCGACCGAUGAUGGGGGCAGUAAGCCUACCCAGAAAAGUGCCGGCUCAUCCAAGGCCCUGGUCAUAUUUUUAUUAGUUGUAGCUAUACUACUGUGUAUCGCGUUAGCCGUUGUUAUCAUUUGGAGCCGUAAUAGGACCCGUGCGUUAGCAGCAAAUGUGUCGUAAACCCCGGU